UCGUUGCUUAGCAAUAAUAUUUGCAAACACAUUGCUGCCUUGACAACCAGUUGUCCGGUCUGAAGUCCAGAGUUGAGGAAAUUACAUUAUCGCCUCUGCAGCUAACCAUGGCGUUGCCGAUGCUGCCUGGAAAUUCAACCAAUAGAAAUCUUGGAAGAGACAAAUUUCAUAAAUCUCAGCAUUUUGAUUAUUCGAACGGAGUGCCCUUGAUGAUUGGGGCAGAAAAGCCUGGCAUUGGAGGGGAACUGCUUCUGGGGCAGAGGGCAAGACCCAAGUAUUCCCUUUUUCCUAAAGGAGAGGGUAGUGAUGCCCCAGCAUGGGUAGCCUUUGACAAACAGGUCCUGUGCUUCGAUGCGUAUUUCCAAGAAACUGUUCCUCAAAGUAGGGAAGAAAAAUAUAGAGUACGAAAGUGUAAGAUUUACUUCUACCUGGAGGAUGACACCAUACAAGUGGUGGAACAAGAGCUCAAAAACAGUGGGAUCCCCCAGGGGACCCUGAUACGCCGCCACCGAAUUCCUCUCCCACCUCCUAAAGAUGACUGCUUCUACAAUGUGCAUCAUUUUAAAAUCAAUCAGGAGAUAGCGCUCUAUUCCAGGACCUUUAUGAUUACAGACUGUGACUCCUUUACACACAACUUUCUGAGGAAAAUUGGUGUGCGCCUAAAGCCCAGUGUUUCAACGCCAGCUGAUCCAUAUACCACCCAACGACAACAGAUGGAGGAAAACAUGAACCCAUUGCGGCCAUAUGAACGAAUAGAUACUCUGAAGCAAUUUUUGGAACAUGACUCCAAAGUCUUGCGCUUCAGUUGCUAUUGGGAUGAUACUGAGAGCAUGUUUGGAGAACCACGAGAAUUGAUCUUGCAUUAUUUCCUGGCAGAUGACACCAUAGAAAUUUACGAAGUUCACUUUCCGAACUCAGGUCGGGACGCUGUUCCUAAAUUUUUGCACAGGGGUAGGCUUCCUAAGCAUGCUCCUACUCCAAAACAUCAGCCUGGGGAAAUAACAGACCGCACAGUCCUUAAUGUAUUUGGACCAGUCGGACAUGGAGGACGGUAUAUUUUGGAUAGUCUUAAAACUGGGGCUGUAGAAGAGGAAUUCUUCAAAGACAGUGAUUUGACUAUCGGUGGCAUCAUUAACGUGUGGGGUCGUAGGGUGCUGAUAUGUGACUGUGACAACUUCACUAAAGAGUAUUAUCGCUCCAAAUACGGCAUUGAGGACUUUACACCUGUCUCAAACAAGGCCCUGUCCCCUGCUAAACCAUCCAGAAAGGUACCACCCUACACUGGAUAUGGAUCUGAGGAAGACUCGCUGUGCUCCUGUCAGGGUUUGUUGCCCAAGCCUCCGCAGAAAGACUUCAGGAAGCUGAUGGAAAAAGACAGGCAAGGCCUCGUGAGCAACGUGUUGAGAUUUGCAGGCAAAAUGCUAACAGACAGCCCUAUCGACAAGGACCGGGUUUUCAUAAUUUACUUCUACCUCAGCGAUGACACCAUAGCAGUUUUUGAACCUCCACAGAGAAACUCAGGUAUCAUCGGGGGUAAGUUUUUGGAGAGAAGCCGAGUAAAGAAACCAGGACAGGAGCUCUUUAAAAGCGAGAUGUCAGAGUAUUUCACAGCUCAGGAUUUGUACAUCGGAGCUAAGCUGCAUCUGAACAGUCAGCCCUUCCAAUUGAUUGAUGCUGAUGAAUUUACAUUCAGUUAUAUGGAGCAGCAUGCAGAGGAGUUCCCAAGGUCCAACGUUGGCACCAUUAUAAGCAAGAUAAAGUCUAUCAGGGAGGAGCAGAAGAAGAAAGUAAAACAGUUCCUCAUGAUGAGUGAUCCAGGCAACACUGGCUUCGUUUCAUAUGAGUCAUUCAGGACUCUACUGGCCGAUAUGGGCGGUCAGUUGUCCGAGCAUGAGAUCAUGACUCUAGGUCGCACAUAUUCACUGCAGGAGCAGCCAGAGAUGGACGUGGGCCUUAUGCUUGCUGUGGCUCAGGAUCAGCUGAAGAAGAAACACUUUGAGUACUUCUCAGAUAUGGUGCAAGCUUUCACACAUGAGGAUCGAGACAGAUCAGGAUAUCUCUCCUCUAAAGAGGCACGGAUCAUCUGCAAAUCUUUUCGCCUGCCCCUUUCCGAUGACUUUCUAAGAGCUCUUCUCAAGAAGUUUCACGAUGAGUCUGAAAAGAUUGACUACCACGCCUUCAUAUCAGGUCUCAACUGGAGAGAGAACCCGGCCCCUGCUGUGCUGCCAGAUGUCACCUUGAAGUUUGAUGUCGACUGGAGAGGGGAACCUGCAGGCCCUGCAGUUAAAACCAUCAACUACUUGUUUUUGCUGGAGGAUGUGUUUGGUAGCACCACAAACUUUGAGAACAACCCAGUGGGACCCUCGCUGGCACCACAACCAAAUCAAGAAAUUUGAUGAACUGUGUGUAUUACAAAGAUUAAAAUUGCAUUGAUGCGCA